AUGCUGAUGGCCAUGAUGUUCUGUGCCGCGAAUGGCUAUAUCCAGUGUAGAAGCCUGACAAGGUUCUUGGUAAUACCAACGUCAUGGAGGACUUUGGCCGGUAUCGUCCUUUGGGCCACAGGACUGUGCAUCAACUUGGAUGCAGACCACAGGUUAAGAAACCUGAGGAAGCCUGGCGAGACGGGGUACAAAGUGCCUCGUGGGGGAAUGUUUGAGUACAUUUCAGGUGCCAACUUCUUUGGGGAGAUCGUCGAGUGGACCGGCUACGCCCUGGCGAUGGGCUUCGCCCUGCCAGGGCUGACUUUCGCGCUGUGCACCGCUGCCAAUAUCGGACCAAGAGCCAUUGCUCAUCACCACUGGUACUUGCAAAAGUUCAAGGAUCAGUACCCCAAGGACCGGAAAGCGCUGUUGCCCUUUAUCUACUGCUGCGGACUCCUGCGGACUAACCUCAGUGCCGAUGUGGCUGCUGCCAGCAACUGCCUGGGGGGUGAUGCUGAGAGGGCGUUUUAUAUUCUGUCCCUGCGCGGCGACACCAUCAUCACGCGAGACUUUCGCGGUGAUGUCGUGAAGGGCACUGCGGAGAUUUUCUUUAGAAAGGUAAAAUUCUGGCACGGCGACGCUCCCCCAAUCUUCAACUUGGAUGGGGUCACCUAUGUCUUCAUCAAGAAGAAUGGAUUGUACUUCGUGGCAACUACAUGUCAUAACAUCUCCCCGGCCGCCGUGGUGGAGCUCCUCACGAAGAUGGCGAAGGUCUUUAAAGACUUCUGCGGGAUGCUCAACGAAGAGAGCAUAAGGAAAAACUUUGUGCUCGUGUAUGAGCUUCUCGAUGAAAUGGUGGAUUUCGGCUAUCCGCAGACGACGAACACUGAGCACCUGAAGUCUUGCAUCCACAACGAGGCAGUUGUCAUAGAGGCGCCAAAGCUUGGCCUCAAUCUGCCCCAGUGGAAUCCGCGGACAGUGCCCAGCAACGCUGUCCACCGGCCAGUCGGUCCGACGCAUGAUGCCAAGAACAAGAAGAAUGAGAUCUUUGUAGACAUUUUGGAGAGAAUCUCGGUUCUGAUGAGCUCGAACGGUUUUGUCAUCAAUAGUGCUAUUGACGGCAGCAUCCAGAUGAAGUCGUAUCUGAUGGGCAAUCCAGAGCUCAAGCUGGCCCUAAACGAGGACAUCGUGGUCAAGAACAUGGAUCUGGGUGGCAGCCACGGAGGAUAUGGUUCUGUGAUCCUGGAUGACUGCAACUUCCACGAGUGCGUGGACUUGCAGGACUUCUCGGAUCUUCGAACACUUUCAUUCUACCCUCCGGACGGCGAAUUUGCAGCUGUGCCCCAGGUCAUGAACUACCGCAUCACUGGCGAUUUCCGCGUGCCCUUCAGGAUAUUUCCUUUCGCAGAACAACAGACACCACACAAGCUCGAGAUCACCAUCAAGGUCCGAGCCGACAUCCCGGAGUCGAACUACGGCGGCAACGUGCAGAUCUCUUGCAUGCUGCCUAAG